GGGCCGCAGCUCCGGGGUGGGGUUUGCGUCGCCGCGGGAGAGGCAGACGAGUCCCGUUAGCAGGAAGCGCGGAGCCCGCAGCAGCAGCAGCAGCAGCAGCAGCAGCCGGAGCGGAGGAGCCGAGAGCGCCGUGCCCAGCCCAGCCCAGCCCGCCGGGAAGAUGCCUAAGACGAUCAGUGUGCGAGUUACCACCAUGGAUGCUGAGCUGGAGUUUGCCAUCCAGCCCAACACCACAGGGAAGCAGCUCUUUGAUCAGGUUGUGAAGACAAUUGGGCUGAGAGAGGUCUGGUUUUUUGGACUUCAAUAUCAGGACACCAAGGGCUUCUCAACAUGGCUGAAACUUAAUAAAAAGGUGACCGCACAGGAUGUACGCAAGGAAAGCCCACUGCUCUUCAAGUUCCGUGCCAAGUUCUACCCAGAGGAUGUGUCGGAGGAGCUGAUUCAGGACAUCACGCAGCGACUCUUUUUCCUCCAAGUGAAGGAGGGCAUCUUGAAUGAUGAUAUCUAUUGCCCUCCAGAGACUGCUGUCCUGCUGGCUUCCUAUGCCGUCCAAUCUAAACAUGGAGAUUUCAACAAGGAGCUUCACAAGCCUGGCUAUCUUGCUGGUGACAAACUGCUCCCUCAAAGAGUUCUGGAGCAACACAAACUCAACAAAGACCAAUGGGAGGAGAGGAUCCAAGUGUGGCAUGAGGAACAUCGGGGAAUGCUCAGGGAAGAUGCCAUCUUGGAGUACCUGAAAAUUGCACAGGAUCUAGAAAUGUAUGGCGUGAACUACUUCAGCAUUAAGAAUAAGAAGGGCUCUGAACUCUGGCUAGGUGUUGAUGCUCUCGGACUCAACAUUUAUGAGCAGAAUGACAGGUUAACACCAAAAAUUGGAUUCCCUUGGAGUGAGAUCAGGAAUAUCUCAUUCAAUGACAAGAAGUUUGUUAUUAAGCCCAUUGACAAGAAAGCACCAGAUUUUGUAUUCUAUGCUCCACGAUUACGGAUUAACAAGCGAAUCCUGGCACUGUGCAUGGGGAACCAUGAGCUCUAUAUGCGCAGACGUAAACCAGACACCAUUGAGGUGCAGCAGAUGAAGGCACAGGCUCGGGAAGAGAAGCAUCAGAAACAGAUGGAGAGAGCUCUGCUGGAGAAUGAGAAGAAAAAGAGGGAACUGGCAGAAAAGGAGAAAGAAAAGAUUGAGCGUGAGAAGGAAGAGCUGAUGGAACGACUCAGACAAAUUGAGGAGCAAACCAAGAAAGCUCAACUAGAAUUGGAAGAACAGACCCGCAGGGCACUGGAGCUAGAGCAGGAAAGGAAACGAGCCCAGGAAGAAGCAGAGAAGCUGGCUAAGGAACGCAAAGAAGCAGAGGAAGCAAAGGAAGCCCUGCUAAAAGCAUCCCAUGAUCAGAAGAAGACUCAAGAGCAGCUGGCAGCUGAGAUGUCGGAACUUACAUCCAAAAUCUCACAGCUGGAAAUAGCCAGGCAGAAGAAGGAGAGUGAAGCCAUGGAGUGGCAACAGAAGGCUCAGACUGUGCAGGAAGACCUAGAGAAGACCAGAGAGGAACUGAAGACUGCCAUGAGCACCCCUCAUGUCACCGAACCCAUGCAAUCUGAGAAUGAGCAUGAUGAUGAACAGGAUGAGAAUGCUGCAGAGGCCAGUGCUGAACUGAAGGCAGAUGCCACCAUCAAGGACCGUAGCGAGGAGGAUCGCACCACUGAGGCGGAGAAGAAUGAACGGGUUCAGAAACACUUGAAGGCUCUUACCUCUGAGCUGGCAAAUGCCCGGGAUGAAACCAAGAAGACCGCCAACGACAUGAUCCACGCUGAGAACAUGCGGCAGGGCCGUGACAAGUACAAGACCCUCCGCCAGAUCCGGCAGGGCAAUACUAAGCAGCGCAUUGAUGAGUUUGAGUCCAUGUAAACUCUUCUGCACCUGCUCUCCCUGUACUUUCCCCUCUUUCUUGUUCUCUCCCAUCAUUCACGUGUAAUCGUGCUGCGCUGGAACCACUACAGAAGAGUGACCAUGGUCUUUAUUUAUCAAGUUUCGUGCAGUCUCUGCAGUUCAGCAACAGAGGAACAAACAAAAUAUCCAUGUUGUCUUGGGGGGGGGGGGGAGGGGCAGGACUCCAAAUCUGAAAUUUAUUUUUGCUUAGCUGGGUAAAAUCUCAAUUGCACAUGGCUUUGUACUGUUCACUGAAAUAAUUGCAUUGCUCCCUGGGUCCACUGGGAGGAGAUGCAACCAGAUACUUCCACUGAGUUACAUAUGGUAAGUCAGCAGUCUGACACACAUGCCUUACAACAGUACUUCAGUAUUAGAAUUGAGUAGCUAGGGGCUCGAUUGCUGCUUUAAUGAAAGGGUUUGAUUUUAAUUGAGUUGCGGGGUGGCGUAAUGGGGAAGAGGGUUUGAGUGAAGAAGGGUUGGAAAUAAAGUAUAAAUCUUAUUUGUAAAAGACCAAAGCUUUUUCUGCUCCCUGAAUUUGAGCAAGCCAAACGGAUCAUCUAAACUGUCUGUCAGUGUUAAAACUUGUUGUGGCUCCAUCGGACUUCUUUUUAGUUAUGAAACUGUUUCCUAUUCCUGAGUCCUUUGGAGUGAUCUGGGCAUUUCCAUUAAAGCAACUUGUUUUGGAGCAGUAAAUUCCCUAGUCAGUGAGGAGAGGGGUUCCUCCUCCACAGUAAUUCUUGUUCAUUGCCCUUUUUUGUGCCAGUGGCAAGCAGUAGCAGACACUGUUGGAGGCACUUUCACUUCCACUAGUGACCCCAAACUAGAAUUCUAAAGGAAUAGGUAAAUAUGCGAGAGUGGGAGGGAAAAAUGUAAAAAUUAAGUAGUUCUAACCAAAUGAAAAUGUAGCCACCAAAAAUCAUGACAGUGUCUGAUUAUGAUGCAUUUAUUCCUCUCAUGCAGGUAACGUCCAGAAGAGGCCUUUUUAUUCUAAAUCAUUGGUGCCUUAUGACUUGUGCACAGAUAUAUACUGUAGUUUAGGGUUUUAAUAAGGUGUCUUCAUAGUUGUUUAAUUAGUUUAAACUAGGAAAAAAUAAUCAGUGACCUAAGGCUUUUCAUUUCACAUCUGGUUAAUCUGUUACAGGUCAGCACCUUCUUCCCUCCAUCCCUCCCUGUUACCUCUUGUGGUUGGGAAGAAAAGAUACCUUGCUAGCUGUCUGUCCUAAAUGGAAUCCUCUUCUCCUAUUGCCAUCUUAAUUAUCAAAUGAUAGCAGCACACUUCAUUCCUAACUGAAAUCUCUGACCUCCCUUGGAAAAUGCUUCAGUUUUAGAAGAGCCCUUUUCAAAUUUGCAUCCACCUAAAUGGGCAACUCCUCUCCCCUGCUCUUCCCAUCAUAGCUUGGCCUGUUGCUACUUAAAUUUGCAGCCUUCAGCCUGGCUGGUAAUGUAUUCUUGCUUGGCAUGUUCCAAAAUCUAUGCAACUUCAGCCCUGUGGGAGCUUCCCACCUCCUUCUCAUCCAUAUAGUGCCACCGUUAUUGGUGGUAUAAAGAAAAUACCUGAAAACUUACACUAGAACUCCUCAACUCACUCCUACUAAGGCAAAGUAGAAGCAGCACAGUGGAAUGUUAGUGGUGUGGAGAGAAGAGUGCCAAAAAAAGUCAGUGUUAAUACAAGCCUGCAGGAUUUCCUCCAGGAAUCCCUUGUGCUGCUUGAAACCACCUCAUCGGAAAGUGAUACUUUAGACACAAUAUCAGUUUGUUUGCAUGGAGGUCCAUGUGAAAUAACCUAAUGUAAAUCCUUCCAAAUGUCCAGUACAUGCAUUUUUGAAGCACUUUUUUGUCCCCAGACACGAUGUGCCUUUAGGAGGGGAGGGAGAGGGGAAACUUUCCAUCAACCAAAAAAUACUCACAAAACACCCCAGUGCUUUGAAAAUUACAAAUAAGAUUGUAGUUAAACUUGUCAGAACUUAUUUGCAUAUUUCUUUACUGAAGAGUUAUUGGCAUUGAUUCUAUUUGAGUCUCAUUACUGGGAGAACAAACAACAAUUAAACUUCACUUCUGGUGCUGUAAACCUGGUUCUCGGCAGUUCUGCUCUCUGUGACAACUACUGGCUUUUUUUUUAAAGCCUUUUAUUGCAUCUUUAACAGUUUCCUUAAUGAGAGGGUGCACAGUGUCUGGAGCAUGUUUGUUCAAAUAAUAAACCAUUAAACCUUUCUGUUGUGAUUGGUCACAGAACACGACUGAACUCCUGUUACGUUGACGUGACUUCUGUUUUUUGUCCCGUUCUAAUUUCAGAUGGUUCAAUAUAGGAAUAGAACAGUUCAUACCAGUGAGUCCACCUAACUCCUUGUGUAGUUGUUUCAGCUGUGCCCUUUCCUACCAGUAUUAUAUAUUCCAGUGGUAUCUAAUGAUAUUUGAUUUCAGUCUUUCUAGCUAUGCACAAUUAGAAAAUAUUAAUCGUGGGAGGAGGAGAUGUUUAUAGUCCUCUCGUCCUUUGAAAAUGUAUACUGUAUUGUAAAGAGGAGAUAUUUUGCAAGGAAAUUAAUGUAAGAAGCUUUCAGUAUUAUGGUGAGAUUUCUUGACACUUUUUUUUCUUACAAUACAUUGAGGGUUUUUUCUUGCCCCCCUCCCCCAGUUUGUUUACUACUUGGAUAUAUAGUAUCCUCUUCAGGGGGUUAUCCUAUGAAGUGUUUGCCUGCCUUUGUUUUUUGUUGCUGUAAAUUAUGUCUACACAUUUUUGACCAAACUUUUUUUUUAUUUUUGGUUAUAUUAAAACAGCAGUCCUUUGGGGCUUAUGAGGUAACUCAUUGGCCCAUGUGGCUAAUCACAAAAAGAACCUUGGUAUCAAAACACUUUCAUUUGGAGGAAUUUGUUAAAGUCCAUGUCCUGUUCUUCCUUCAGUGCUAAUAAAAUUUAGAGAAAUUAAA